AUGGUUAAUGAUGGCUGCCGACCAGCUACUUCUGUUGAACAACAGUCACCAACCUCACCUACCAGCUCUAUUAAAUUCGCCUUCCCCGCACGAUUUCCCAAUCAACGUCCAUUUUUCCUUUCCCUCCUCUCUCCUUUCCCAAUCUCUCUUUUUCCCCAAUCUCCCAGGUCGAAUCCCCCUCCAGCCAUUCUCGUCGUCACCGUCACUGCCCGCCUCGUUGCUUGCCGCCGCUCCCCCGAGGCCACCUCAACCACUCCCCCCGGUUCCCUUCCGUCCUCAGAGGCUCCUUUAACGUCAUCGACGGUCCGCCGAGCUCUACUGCCAGAAACUCAGAUGAGAUUGCAAAGCUGUUUCCGAAUCUGUUUGGAUAGCCAUCGGCAAUGGUGGUGGCGGGAGAUGGUGAAUUGGGUCAAAGUUUCAAGAUUGGCGUGGUUCUGUCAGGAGGACAGGCUCCUGGUAGGCACAUUGUGAUUUCUGGAAUUUUUGGUGAGGAUUUUUCUACUUAAAUCUAAGUUGUGGACAUAUAAAGAUUGUUUUUUUUUUUGGAAUGAAUUAAUGAAGUUCCAAUUUCAUUUUGUUGUA